GGCCGCACAUUUCUACUUUCUACGGCACUUCUUCUGGUAGCCCCGGGUGCUGCUUCGUUUCCACACCUAAAUACAGCGCCUCUCUCUCGCUCGUUGUGCCUCCGAAAGUCACAGUUCGAUUUUGAGAAGAAGAAUUGGUUAAACAAAAAGAGGAAGAUGGGCACGCUAGGAAGAGCAAUCUACACGGUCGGAUUCUGGAUCCGCGAGACCGGUCAAGCCAUCGAUCGCCUCGGCAGCCGCCUCCAGGGCAACUACUACUUCCAAGAACAACUGUCUAGGCAUCGAACAUUGAUGAACAUAUUUGACAAGGCUCCUAUGGUUGAUAAGGAUGCAUUUGUGGCCCCUAGUGCUUCUGUUAUUGGAGAUGUUCAGGUUGGAAGAGGUUCAUCCAUUUGGUAUGGAUGUGUUUUGCGAGGUGAUGUAAACAGCAUCAGCGUUGGUUCUGGAACAAAUAUUCAGGAUAAUUCCCUUGUUCAUGUAGCCAAAUCUAAUCUAGCAGGGAAGGUUUUGCCUACUAUUAUUGGUGACAAUGUUACAGUAGGUCAUAGUGCUGUGUUACACGGAUGUACUGUUGAGGAUGAGGCAUUUGUUGGUAUGGGUGCCACCUUGCUUGACGGAGUGGUGGUUGAGAAAAAUGCCAUGGUUGCUGCAGGCGCCCUUGUAAGACAGAAUACAAGGAUCCCCUGCGGAGAGGUUUGGGGAGGUAAUCCGGCAAGGUUUCUCAGGAAGCUAACAGAAGAUGAGAUUGCCUUCAUAUCCCAAUCAGCCACAAACUACGUCAACUUAGCGCAGGUUCAUGCAGCUGAAAAUGCGAAGAGCUUUGACGAGAUUGAGUUGGAGAAGGUGCUGCGCAAGAAGUUUGCUCGUCGGGAUGAGGAUUACGAUUCAAUGUUGGGUGUUGUUCGGGAAACACCUCCUGAGCUCAUACUUCCGGAUAAUAUCCAACCAGACAAAGCACCCAAGGCCACUUAAAAGCCAGAUUUUCCCGGCAAGGGAUCUCCUAUUGGGCUUUGAUGUUAAAGAACAUUUUCUUGUUAUGUGCGGAUUUAUGGAGAAUGGCUACCUUUUAUUUCUAAUAAUUUUUAUGCUCUUCUGGCAUAUGGCUCUGUUAUCCUCUUUGAUUAACUUAGAGGAGAUCUGGUUUCGGUUUCUGUUUGUUUCUUGAGAAAUUAGUGCAAUGCUCAGAGAUCAGAUGUUUUUGGCCAUCCGGGAACCUUUAAUUAGAUUUAGUUACUCUGCCUGUGUUUUGCUGGAAAUAAGAAUGCGGCAUUGGUUCCUUUCGGAGAUU